UUAAUUAAUGCAGUUUCUGUGUGAUUAUUUUCGUUCUGGGCAGUCGGGAUGAACAAGUGGCCUCCCUGCUACAUUUUUUUUUCUUCUUUCUUGGCUGGUGAUGACAGGGCUGUGGCUAGCCUCAGGUCCCACAGGGCUUUCUAUCCUGCAGGUAGCAGAAUGGGCUAAGAGAAGGGCACAAUGGCCCUGAGAUACAAGAGGCAAUUGCUGACUUUCUUGAGCCGAGGAAGGUUCUAUGGAGAAGACGGGCGAGAUGUAUACACCUGGACACAGUUUGGGCCUUGUUGGGGGCUAGGAACCACAGGGCUACUGAUGCAGUUGGCUUUCUGCAGCUUUACCCUACUUCAUGUGGGUGAAACACACUUACCAUGCUGUGCUAGGCAUUUCCAGUGACCGGGUUCUGCACCUCCCAAGAGAACUUAUUUGAAGAAGUGUUGGAGCCCACAAGACUAUACAGUGAAUGCACAGCUAACAGACUGAUAGACAGAACCACGGGAAGUGUAUACGUCCACGUCCACAGCGAGCAACCCAUUUUUCAGAGCUGCGGGAACACUUGUCUUUUGGAAAAGUCACUGUCAUAUCUGUGGAAACCUUAUGAAGCCAUGAUUCUUCCCUUCAAAAUGGGAUUCAUCCCCAGAACACCUCAACAGUGUAACCUCUGCUUGGGCAGUGAAAUAACCUUGCUCCACUCCCCACACCAUGAGGCCUCGGAACAAUGACAUUCACUCUUUGAUCUAACAGUCAAACUUACAUAGAGUCAAUUCCUCAGAAUUACCUGCUAACAGACCACAUAGAAAUUUCUAUAGAAGACAGGCACUGAGGCAGCGUACCCCACUUUACGAACAAACAAAUACUGGAGAUCCCCAAAGCUGAUUAUCACCAAAGAGAUUAGAUGAGAAGGGUGAAUCCAGGAUUUGGGGAUGUUUAGUAAGUUUAUUUAAUAGUUUGGAAUAUUAGGUACUUCCGCUUGAAUGCUGGCUCUUCCCUGGGUCGGAUCACCUGUUCUGGAGUACUGCUUUGUCAGGCUCUAUCUGCCCCUCUUUGUGAUUUUGAUAUGCAUAUUAUCAUUGUCCUUGUCUGUGGAGUUUUCCAACUAUGUCCGUGAAAACUGGAAACCUCGUGGAGAUCAGACCUCACUCUUACUCUUCUCUUUGCGACUUCUCCUUCUUCCCCUUACUCCCUUACCCUUCUUCUUAUUCUUCCCCUUACUCUUCUCUUAUUCUUCCUCUCCUCCGCACCCCCUUCAUAAAAAUAAAUAAGAUGCAGAGUAACAUGCUUAAGUUAAUGUUUUACCCUCAGAUCCUCGCCUGACAUAGACAUCCAGUUCUGAACCCUGAGGGGGUACUGAGGCUGGUACUUAAGGCCCCUGACACAGAAGACUCUUGUCCCAACUUAAUUUGGCACUUGGAUGGCCAGCAGAUGGGCAGAUGAAAAAGAAACACUGGAUUGCUAGGGUCUUUGAGCCUGUGAGGCAGCACUGAUUGUUUGAUUGUCCACCCGACCUGCUAUACAUUUCUACAGGUGUUUCAGAUCCUGGAGGUAGGUCCCUAAAAUCAGCUGAGUUUAUCUUAGCAAGGAGUGUGAUGAUGUCAUCCCAGGAAUGCAGUUAAGGUUUGGUCCUGCUGUAGAAGAACCUGUGGAGAGUCACACACUGGCUCAUAAAUGAGUGGACCAGCAAUGGGCAGGAUGUCCUGCGCGGUGAGAGUUCCCCUGCUCAGAAGGCUACCUUCUGUCUGAUUUCCAGGAUCACGCAGAGACUAAGCUGUGGAUGCUGAACAGCCCAACACCAGGAGCAACAGAUCUGCCCACACCCUGCUGGGCCCAGCAGUCAUGCCAGACACACCGGUGGAGGACUCCCUCUUCCAAAUCAUACACUGCUUCCACCACUAUGCCGCCCGGGAGGGGGACGUGGAGACCUUGUCCCUGGAGGAGCUGAAAGCCUUGCUCUUGGAGAGCGUACCACGCUUCAUGGACACCUUGGGCCGCAGGCAGCCCUACUACAUCACAGAGCUGUUCCGGGCAGCCGACAAGAACAAGGACAACCAGAUCUGCUUUGACGAGUUCCUGUACAUCCUGGGCAAACUGGUGAAGGACUAUCACCUGCAGUUCCACCGGCAGCUGUGCACACACUACUGUACCCAGCACAGCCUCUACUAGGGGAGCACAGGCAGUCUCUCACCACGAAGUCGGUCCCGGGAGGCCUGGCCUGACUAUGAACGGCUUACGGAGCUCAGCCAUGUAUUUCUUCUUCAGUGUGCACACGCGUGUACAAAGAAUAUCACAGAUAUUUCUGGGAAGUACUCAAGGCAUGGUUCUGUGUUUCUACUAGUAUUCAGUAAAAGAAGUUUAGUCUUUACUAUGUGGAACGUGAUUGGGUGGUCCCUUGCUUGAUAGGGGAAUACUGACCUUGAAUCCAAGGUGCCUUUAUCUGCUGCAAGAAACACAACCUUGCUAUCAGAAGUCUUAUCUGAAGUGUGAAAUGGCCUCUGGUCUGGCCUCAGUUUGUAGGGAAGGGAAGGGGUUCUUCUCUGGGGCAGGACUCCGCCUGAGAAGGAAGUAAGUCCUCCCAGGGUUGUUAUUGACCACACACUCACUGUACAGGCAGGACAUGGAGGGGAGCCACAGGGAUAAUGGUGUAUAGAUGGAGCCCUCCCAUAUCUGCAGGCACAGGACACGGCCAAGUCCUGGAAAGGACCAAGAAGGAGGUGAUUCAAGCAGAUAUAAUAGCCGUGGAGACUCAGGUGCCAUAUCUGGGACUAGCAGAGAGCUGUCUAGAAAAUAAAUGUCCAAGGGGAACAUGCAAACAUCAUUUACUCAGGUGGACACCAAGAUUUGGAUUUUAUCCUUGAAAAUGGGGUGGUGAAAUUUGUGUACCUUAGAGAAUCCAUCAGGUGGGGAGAACGUGGAGACUCAAUAAGGGGUUCCUGCUUGUUGUUGAAGGGUCAGUAGCUACACACAGGGACAGGAGGAAAGGAGGAGAGAAGGAGAGAUGUGUAAACGUCAAAGUCCCAGUCCUCAAGGACAGAUUGAGGGAGAGGAGGUGCCCUGCGUGAGACCCAGGUAUCUGUCCCUGGGGAUCCUGGGGAAGAGGAUGCUGGUUGUUGACCUGGGCGUGACCCGCAUCAGCAUGGGUGUCGCCAGUGUGCCCGGGAGCGCUGUCCACUUGGUUUUGUGUAUGUUGAGGAGGGUGAGGCAAGUGCUGGCAAAGCCAGUAGUCCACAGUAGUCCAGCCCAACAGAGCAGCCACGCCUGGCCUGCCAUGGGAAGAGUGAUGACCAGAAGCUGGGAGUUGUCACCCAGGGAAGGCUUCCUGGAGGAGAGAGGGGCUGGGUGUGGGGAUGACUGUGCUUCUCUGGACUCUGAGCUAUUCGUGACUCAGUGGGCCAAGUCCUCCCGUGGCCCCUGCCCUCCUUGCUGCCCGGCUGUGUCAUUUUUUCCCUUUCUUCCCAGAAGCCCAGAGAUCUGAGAAAUAUCCCAGGAAGAAUUUGUUUUGGUUUUUUUUUUUUUGCCUCCAGACAUUUUUAGUGCCCAUCUUGGUGGCCUGUCUCUGCUGAAGACUCUGGGUCCUGAGUUUUCUGAGAGCAGGGACUCAUCCCAUUGCUUUCCUCUUUGAAAGUGUUUGCCUCUGUGUCCCCUCAAGGUCUAGUUCUACAGAGGAACAUACUUCCCCCUCUCUGCAGCUGGCCUAGUGUCCUCCCAUGAUUGGUUCAGCAUCUUUGAGGAAAGAAAUCGGGAAGGGGACCCGUGGAACUGUAAUCUAGUGACUUAGGCCUGUGGUCCUCCGGUGACAACUCUUGACUAGUUCUUGGUUAUAUCGAAGAGCCAGCAGUAUCCUAGUUACUUAGCUGCUCUUCCUCAGGGCCCAGGCAGGACCUGUUUGUUCCCUUGAGAGGCAGUGGGUCAUAUGACCUUUCAAGAUCACUGAAGUUCUGGGGCCGAUCCCUCGGCAGGCCUCACCCCAGCCCUUCCUGGCAGUUUCCCCACCAGUCUUGCUUCCUCUGCCCUCAUUUCUCCAGACCCUGGUAUUGAGACACACACACGGGGACCCAGUCUUUUCCUGUAAACACAGCCAGGUAGCUCUCACUCGAGAUUGCUCCACAUUGUCAGGUAAUUACAAAGUCUGCCUUUCCUUCAACACGGUUACUUCCUAUUUUAAUUGAACUUGGAGGUCAUAACCUGUGUUCCAAGUCAGGUCUGGCCACCUAUCCCCAAUAAAGUCGAUUAAAAGAGGAAGAUCACAAGAGGAAAGCAGAAAAAGGAGAUUUAUUCAUGUGGCCGCACUGGAAGUGCAAAGGGACCUGGGGAGCUCGCCAAGUUCCUGAAGGAGGAUCAAAAUUUAAAUGGCGGCCCAAGGACAUGCACGUGGAAGUAGCCCUAGUCUAGGUGUGGAGCUACCUACUACCGCUCUGGGCUUCAGUGUUGCAGGAUGCUCUGGGAAGUGAUCGGAAUGGUGUGAGACCCCUUUUCUAGAGUCAGGCCAGCUUUGGCUAGUGCCUUUGCUUCUCCUACUGUGAGCUCCUUGCAUGGACUUCCUAUUUUUUGGGGUCCAUCAUUCCAAUAGUCUGAUAGGUUGAGGGACAAAAAGUGUUUCUUUAGGAUGUCUUCAUUUCUGCCCAGCACACACAUGUGACUCCUGCUGUCAACAGCCCUGCUGCCCCCUUAGAGGGAUUAUUAUCGGGUGGUGAGAGCUCACGGACUCAUCACCCUACUGGAAGCGCUGGCAGGAAGCCUUCCCUUACGGACACCUGCAGGUUCAAGGAACCUGAGAAAAGUUGCUGAGCAGCACGUGUGCCUCAGUUUCCUUAUGUUCAUCUAGGGAUAAUUUUACCUAUAAAGUUCACUCUACUAGGUUUCCAGGAAUAUCAAAGGAAUCAGCAGAUAUAAACACACUUUGAAAAGAGAUGUGUUGUUUUGGGGGAAGGUGGCGCCUGCCAAAUCAUCUAAAACAGCACCUGGUGGGGAAGAGGUUUGAACUGUGGGCUGAUUAUUGCUUGAAAACUUGUGAUUUGUUGCAUUGAGGUCUGCUUACCUCUUGUUAUGGUGGAUGUAUACCAGUCUUUCUAAUAAAAAAAGGCAUAAUGUGG